UCUGCGAGCGGACGCCGGGCGCAGGGAGCAGAGCAGAGCCGAGCGCCGCGCACCCCGCCGCGCCCCGGUUCACGUCCAGCCCUCCGCACAUGCAGCGCAGCCUCUCGCCGAUUGUAUGGUCCAGGCCUCGAUGAGGAGCCCAAAUAUGGAGACAUUCAAACAGCAGAAGGUGGAGGACUUUUAUGACAUCGGAGAGGAGCUGGGCAGUGGCCAGUUUGCCAUCGUGAAGAAGUGCCGAGAGAAGAGCACAGGGAUGGAGUAUGCAGCCAAGUUCAUCAAGAAGAGGCAGAGCCGGGCCAGCCGUCGGGGCGUGUGCCGGGAGGAAAUUGAGCGGGAGGUGAGCAUCCUGCGGCAGGUGCUGCACCCCAACAUCAUCACGCUGCACGACGUCUAUGAGAACCGCACCGACGUGGUGCUCAUCCUUGAGCUAGUGUCCGGAGGAGAACUGUUCGAUUUCCUGGCCCAGAAGGAGUCGUUAAGUGAGGAGGAAGCCACCAGCUUCAUUAAGCAGAUCCUGGAUGGGGUGAAUUACCUUCACACAAAGAAAAUUGCUCACUUUGAUCUCAAGCCAGAAAACAUUAUGUUGUUAGACAAAAAUAUCCCCAUUCCACACAUCAAGCUGAUUGACUUUGGCCUGGCUCACGAAAUAGAAGAUGGAGUUGAGUUUAAAAAUAUUUUUGGGACACCUGAAUUUGUUGCUCCAGAAAUCGUGAACUAUGAACCACUGGGACUGGAGGCUGACAUGUGGAGCAUCGGAGUCAUCACCUACAUCCUUCUAAGUGGAGCGUCCCCCUUCCUGGGAGACACAAAACAAGAAACCCUGGCAAAUAUCACUGCUGUGAGUUACGACUUUGAUGAGGAAUUCUUCAGCCAGACAAGCGAGCUGGCCAAGGACUUCAUUCGGAAGCUUCUUGUGAAAGAGACCCGGAAACGGCUUACCAUCCAAGAGGCUCUCAGACAUCCCUGGAUCACGCCGGUGGACAACCAGCAAGCUAUGGUGCGCAGAGAGUCCGUGGUCAACCUGGAGAACUUUAAGAAGCAGUAUGUCCGCAGGCGGUGGAAGCUGUCCUUCAGCAUUGUCUCCUUGUGCAACCACCUCACUCGCUCCCUGAUGAAGAAGGUACACUUGAGGACAAGCGAGGACCUGAGGAACUGCGAGAGUGACACGGAGGAGAACAUCGCCAGGAGGAAAGCCCUUCACCCCCGGAGAAGGAGCAGUACCUCCUAAUUGGCCCGGCUUGCAGUGGCUGCCAGGGAGGUCCAAGUUCCUGUGGCCCUGCCGUGCAAGCUCUCAGGCCCUGCUUGACACCAGGAUCCAGACAUUCUGUGUUCCUGAGCACUUUGCAAGAGAGAGGAGUCUGCAGGACUCAGAACUUUCAGGAGACCCUGGGAGUUGUGGCUGUCUCCCAGUGGGGAGCCUCCAGCAUUCCUGGGGCUCUUAGUUCUCCAGAAAACUGGCUUUCAUCUGUCUGCUAACCUCAGAGCUGGGAUUGGGUGUGGACUGAGGAAAUGGAUCUCAAGGAGUAUCAUUUUUACCACAGGUUAAAGGUCAGAUUUAGGCAGCUUUCCUCACAGAGCCUACCCUAUCCAGGCCGUGAGUGAAGACUCUCUGGAGUAAGGGACCAAUCCUGUGACUUACCAGAAUCCAUAAGGAGUCAGGCUGUCUAAUGUCAGACUGUGUCUGCCAGCCUCUUGCCAGCCCACUGUGUUGUAGGGUUUUUUCUCGUUUUUAUUAUUAAACUUCUUGUUUAUCUAA